GGGCGCCGCUGCCGUGGUCGACAACGGGCUCGCGCUCCCGGACAGAGAAGUUCGCCCGCCGGUAGGGGCUCGGCCGCCCGCUCUCAGGCAUCGCCCCCAUGACAACUCCCAUUCCCAGCAAGGCAGAGUCUGUGUCCUGCUACUGCAGGGUAGAUGGAGGCCUUAAAACUGUUGUCAAUGCUAGAAAGUUUGUCCCUGGUGCUAGGCUGUGCAUGCAACCUGACGUCAAACUGAACAAGCGCAAGUCAAGGAGCUCACGCAAGGAGAGGUCCCGAACUCAGGCGCCACUUCUUCCUGGUCUUCCUGAUGACCUGGCUAUUUCAUGUCUCAUGCGAGUUCCUCGAUCCGAGCACCCUAAUCUUCGUCUAGUCAGUAGACGGUUGAGCCGACUUUUGUCCGGGAAUUAUUAUUACUCACUGCGCAAGAAAUUUGGUAUGGCAGAAGAAUGGGUUUAUGUUUUCAGAAGGGAUUGUGAUCAUAAGAUAUCAUGGCAUGCCUUUGAUCCGGUGCAACGGCUCUGGAAGCCACUUCCUCCUGUUCCACCAGAGUAUUCAGAAGCCGUGGGCUUUGGUUGUGCUGUUCUCAGUGGCUGCUAUUUGUACUUAUUUGGUGGCAAAGACCCAGUACGAGGAUCUAUGAGGCGCGUCGUGUUUUACAAUACUCGGACAAACAAAUGGCACCGAGCUCCAGAUAUGCUACGGAAGCGCCACUUCUUUGGCUCUUGUGUCAUAAACAACUGCCUCUAUGUUGCUGGCGGGGAGUGUGAAGGGAUACAAAGAACUUUAAGAUCUGCUGAGGUUUACAAUCCUAACAGGAAUAGAUGGUCUUGCAUUACUGAAAUGAGCACAGGGAUGGUGCCUUUCAUUGGAGUUGUACAUGAUGGAAAGUGGUUUCUAAAAGGGCUUGAUUCCCAUCGCCAGGUUGUGAGCGAGGUCUAUCUGCCAACAACCAACAUGUGGUCAACCAUUGGUAAUGAAAUGGUUGCAGGUUGGCGGAAUCCAAGCAUUUCUCUUAAUGGCCGUCUUUAUUCAGCGGAUUGUCGGGAUGGCUGCAAGCUAAGAGUUUAUGAUGCGGACACAGGAUUGUGGACGAGAUUCAUGGACAGUAGGCGCCAUCUGCGCAGCUCACGAGCUUUUGAAGCUGUGGCUUUGAUCUCACUGAAUGGAAAGCUCUGCAUUGUCCGUAAUAACAUGAGCAUCACCCUUGUCGAUGUCUCUGACCCAACAACAGUUAUUGAGAUUGACAGUGCCCGCAUGUGGGAAAUUUUUGCUCGGAAGGGCCAAUACAGGUCUUUCAUGGCGAACUUGUGGUCGACAAUUGCAGGUCGUAGUUUGAAGACCCACAUUAUCCAUUGUCAAGUGCUCCAGGUUUGAGUAUUUCUGUGUGUUAAGUGGAAGCAUGUUCAGAUGUAUUUAUUUUUGUCGGCAUAGAUACUCUGAUUUUGGAAGGAUGUUCAAAUACGAGUGCUAGUAAGACAGUACCCAGCAUUGCACGAAAGAGAUGACAUGCUGCCAGAAUGAAAAUCAGCCAAUACAGGUCUUCCAUGGCAAACUUAUGGUCGACAAUUGCAGGUCGUAGUUUGAAGACCCACAUUAUCCAUUGUCAGGUGCUCCAAGUUCGAGUAUUUCUGUCUGUUAAGUGGAAGCAGGCUCAGAUGUAUCUAUUUUUGGUGGCAAAGAUACUCCGAUUUUGAAAGAACCCCUCAAUUAGAUGUUCAAAUAUGAGUGCCAGUAAGACAGUACCCAUCAUUUGCAGGAAAGAGAUGGCAUGCUGCCAGAAUGAAUAUCUGUUGAAUCUGUUAGUACAAAUUCUCUGAGAUAUUGAGCAAGUUGCAUGAUAUUUAUCAAAGAGGAGACCAGAGCCUUGGUUGUCUAUGAAAGUGAGGGUGGUUUGUGAGCGGAAGAUGAACCUUCCAUAACAUCAAUGGUGUAUAAUUUGUCUUUUUAUAUUGCAUUACAACAAUAUUAUGAAUUAAAGUUUCGUCUAUGAAUUCGGCGAUAGCUUUUAUGUGGCUUUAUCUA